AAUGCAAUACUAAAGCGACCCAAGACCGGAGAUGCUUUAUGCAAAGAAUGUUUUUACACCGCAUUCGAAAAUGAAAUUCAUUGUACAAUUCAACAAGCAAAUCUAUUCAAAAACGGGGAUCGUGUUGCGGUCGCAGCAAGUGGUGGAAAGGAUUCAACCGUAUUAGCGUAUGUUUUGAAAUUGUUAAAUGAACGACACAAUUAUGGACUUAAACUAAUUCUUCUAUCGAUUGACGAAGGAAUUACAGGAUACCGCGAUGACAGUUUGGAAACAGUUAAACAAAAUCGUGACGAUUACGAAAUGGAAUUGAGAAUUCUGUCAUAUGAAGAGUUGUACGGUUGGACGAUGGAUCGAAUAGUCGGUGAGAUCGGCAAAACAAAUAAUUGUACAUUCUGUGGUGUAUUUCGUCGUCAAGCGUUAGACCGGGGUGCAAAAAUGUUAAAUGUAAAUUGUAUAGCGACGGGUCAUAAUGCUGAUGACAUUGCCGAAACUGUAAUUAUGAACAUUUUGCGAGGUGAUACCGCCCGAUUGUCACGAUGUACAAACAUCAAAACGAUUGACGAAGACGAUGAAGCGAUUGCCCGUGUCAAACCGCUGAAGUAUACAUACGAAAAAGAGAUUGUAAUGUAUGCACAUUUCAAAAAAUUGGUCUAUUUUUCAACGGAAUGCAUAUUUGCGCCGAACGCAUAUCGUGGUCAUGCCCGUGCAUUUUUAAAGGAUUUGGAAAAAGUGCGACCGUCUGUGAUAAUGGAUAUAAUUCAUUCCGGUGAACAAAUCAAAUUUAAAUCAACGGUUAAAAAACCGGUGCGUGGCAUUUGCAAUCGAUGCGGUUUUGUUUCGUCACAGCAACCGUGCAAAGCGUGUGUUUUACUCGAAGGUUUGAAUCGUGGCCUACCAAAAUUAGGAAUUGGUAAACGUUCACGUGCCGAUCGAAUGAUUGCAGAACAAGAACGAGAUUUGGCGCAGGCCUUUCGUGAGAAAGCCCAUCUCGUCAAAAAUGAUUUUUAGUGUUGAAUUCAUUGUGGUUUCGGUUUGAAAUUUAUAAAUAAAUUAUUUGAAAUCAGAGAUCA